AAAUGAUAAGAAAGUUAGAAUCUGUAAAUGUUGUGGUCGUGAAUGCUCAACAUCUCAAAAACUUCGUGAGCAUCUUAAGCGAAAAAAUCUAUGCAAACCAUUACAAGAAGCUAACCAACAACCCAUUAAAGAGAAUAUUCAAAAACCUGUUCAAGUGGCAAUCCAAGAACUUAUUCAAAAGAAUAGAGACUAUAUUAGCCAGGAGAAGGCAAACAAAUGGGUAAAUGUCUUAAAACAAAACUUGGAUGACUGUAUGACUCUCUGUCAUGAUCUUGAACAAUACGAUCCAGAA